GAGAACAUUUUCAUCACCCCAAAGAAGUAUCCUGCACCCGUUCGUGGGUUCCAUUCACCGUGAUCUUCCAGUCUUAGACUUACUGUCUAAGUAGUAGACUAGUCUACUUUCUAUAAAUCGGUCAAUUUGGAAUUUGAUAUAAAUAGACUCAUUCGACAUGUGGUCAACAGAUAAACGGAAGCAUAUUUAAAGUUCUGAAUUUUAUUUAUGUAUUCAUGAGAGACACAGAGGCAGAGACAUAGGCGGAGGGAGUGGGACUUGAUCCAGGACCCCAGGAUCACAACUUGAGCCAAAGGCAGUCACUCAACCACUGAACCACCCAGCAGGACUAUGGCGACCCAGGAAGCCACUCCAGGCAGCCAGUCAGAGGAGAGCAGUGUGUUGGACUUGCCAUCGGUUUAUGACAUAAGAGAUUACAUUCUGCAGAGACCCCAGCAGGAGGCCGGCAGCGAGGCUUUCAGCUCAGAGGAAGCGCUUUCUAUUCCUUGCUCUUCUGAUGUGGAUUCAGACACCAGUAACCUCAAUACUGAACAACAUGAUUCCGGGACCUCUGAGAACUUCUGGCUUGACCCUUCUGUGCAGGGCCAAACGGAGACCAAAGCAGAGGAUGACGGGCUUCGGAAAUCCCUGGAUAGAUUCUAUGAAAUGUUUGACCAUCCACACCCAGCUGCUAGAAACCCACUCUCCACAUCGGUCUGCCAGUGCCUGUCUCAGAAAAUCAACGAACUGAAGGGCCAGGAGAGCCAAAAGUAUGCCCUUUGCAGUUUUCAGAUGGCCAGGGUCAUCUUCAGCCGGGAUGGCUGCUCGGUCUUACAGAGGCAUUCCAAGGACGCCCACUUCUACCCAGUGGGAGAAGGAAGUGUGCUUCUGGAGGACGAAAAGCCCACCCCGGGACUUUCAAAAGACAUCAUUCAUUUCCUCUUGCAGCAGAACGUGAUGAAAGACCUCUAAGUAGCCCCCCUCCCCCCUCCCCCACCGUGGUAAGAGCAGGAAGUGUGGAGGGUGCCCUGUGGCCGAUGCUAUGGGUGCACCACUCAUAUCCCCUAGGGCCUCUCCAGCCAGCCCUGUGUGUCCAGCCCCCGGGGAGCCAGUUGGGCCAGUAGCGUUUGUGGACUUUAUAGAUCCUAUGUCCACACUACCUCCCACCCCACCCUACCCGUCCCUUUGACUUCAGGCCACUGACUGGCUGGGAGCCCAAAAGCACAGCUUCCUUGCCCCAAGGAAGGAAGGAGGUGCUCUGAGGCAUAAUUUACUCUCCAGAGCUCCCCUCUGGAUCAGGCCAAGACUGAGACUUCCCACGAUAUCACACCUGGCUCAGCCUCUUCUGUCUCCCUGUCCUCCUUCUGCUCACCUACUGGUGUCUCCUGGAAGCCUUUCCUUAAAAAAGUUCUUGUACCUGAAUCCUUGACUCAGAGUCUACUUCUUGGGAGAACCCAACCUAUCAGAACAGGCUUUCUCAUUAGAUGAGCUUUUUGAAGGAUUUAAAGCUCUGUGCCAAAUCAAGUAGAAGAGUCAUACCAAGUUGUAAAACUGAGAUCAUGUGAUUGGGAAUGUAUCUCCCAAAAUAAUCUAAAGAUUUAAAUACGGUUUAAAAUGCAUCACAUGUUAAUCAUACCCUUGCCUCUCCAAAGCCAGAAUUCCCUGUUUUAUAAUCCUAGCAGGGUGUGGAAGGAACAUUUGGACCCUUUAAAAUAAAGCUAAAAUUUGCAAAUUAAAAAAAAAGAAGAAGAAGAAAGAAAGCCUCUUUGUCUCCACCAGAUUGCAAAUGUGAAAGGUGUGAAGAAAACAAAUAUGCACCACCGCCCAAAGUCUGUAGGCUCAAUCAGCCAUGCUAGGCUGAGGAGACACGGCCUUGGCAGGCCUGGAGGAAGAGAAAGAGGAUCCUUUGCCCAAGUGGGCUCCUUCCUAUCAUUUUUGCCUUCUUCCUGCCUGCUGCCAGCACCCUCUGUCACCCUCUGAACAGGUGGCCCCUCACCCCUGUCCUGUCCUUGCUUGGCCGGGCAGUGGCUUUAAAUAACUGGGAAACGAACAAGGGGUGGUGGAAAGG